CAACUCAAGCGCUGCUGUUUCAACUGAACCUAAUAAAAGGAAAGGUUUUUAUUAUUUUUCCACAGACCCAGAUCUUGCAAUAAAUUCUCAGAAAUAAAAAAUUAAAAAAAUAAAAAAAAAAAUUUAAUCUUUCAAUCGUUUCAUGAAAACCCUAACUUAAACAAAUCUCUGUUUCUGAUUAGGGAUUUUCAUCAUCACAUUCUCUAGUGUAAACUCACUAUACUUUGAAGUAAAACUAGUGAAAUACCAAAGAUAAGAUUUGAUUCUCUCAAUCAGAUUUAUCAAUGGGUAGAAAUCUGAGUCCAGUAAUGAGAAGGGAGCUAGCAAAUUUGGAUAAAGAUGCUGAUAGUAGGAAAUCAGCAAUGAAAGCACUAAAAUCCUAUGUAAAAGACCUUGAUUCAAAGGCCAUUCCUAUGUUUCUUGCCCAGGUUUCUGAAACAAAAAAUCCUGGUUCAAUGGCUGGGGAACACACAAUUUCUCUCUAUGAAGUCCUGGCUAGAGUUCAUGGAACUAAUAUUGUGCCUCAGAUUGACAACAUAAUGUUCACCAUUAUCAGGACUUUAACAUCGAGUGCUGGGUCUUUUCCUCUUCAACAGGCUUGUUCUAAGGUGGUACCUGCAAUUGCAAGGUAUGCAAUAGAUCCAUCAACACCUGAAGACAAGAAAAAAAGGAUAAUUGAAUCUCUUUGUAAGCCUCUUUCUGAAUCUCUCUUGGGUACUCAAGAAAGUCUUGCAGUUGGAGCUGCUCUCUGUCUUAAAUCCCUGGUAGAUUCAGAUAACUGGAGAUUUGCAUCAGAUGAGCUGGUCAAUGAGGUUUGUCUGAGAGUUGCUGGAGCAUUGGAAGAGAAACCAACUCAGAGCAAUUCACACAUGAGCUUGGCUAUGUCACUGGGCAAGAAUAACAGCCUAAUUGUUGAGGCCUAUGCAAGAUCUCUAAUUCGAUCUGGAUUGAGAAUCCUGAAUGUUGGAGUAGUAGAGGGUAAUUCCCAGAAAAGGUUAUCAGCGAUUCAGAUGGUGAAUUUCUUGAUGAAGUGCGUCGAUCCCAGGAGUAUAUUCUCAGAGCUUGAGACAGUGAUGGAGGAAAUGGAGAAGUGCGACAAUGAUCAGAUGGCAUUUGUGAAGGGAGCUGCUUAUGAAGCAUUGCAGACUGCAAAAUUGAUAGCUUCGGAUAAAGGAUCCAAAUUGAUAGCUUCAGAUAAAGGAUCAAAAUUGGAGAAGGACCCAGGUUCAGCUACGGGGUCAAAUUUCACCAGAAGAACUGAUUACCACAGGAGGCAGAAUUCAUGGGGUGGUAGAAGUAGAUCUCCAGUUUCUGCUGUAUCACAAGAAUCACAGACAGUUUAUUCGGUUGAGUACGAUUCUUUUGUUGAUUCUCCUAUGUCAACAGGGCAAUCUUCUUCUAAUUUUGAUUAUAGGGGGAGAUCAGUUUACAGGAAGCUCUGGAGGAAUGAAAACGGUGGAGUGGAUGUAUCGCUUAAGGAUGGACUUUACGCAAAUGGUUUCAGUAGCAAUGGCUUGAAAAAUUAUUCUGAGCAUAUGGAAGAUGACAACCUUAGCGAUGAUGGAGGCGAUCAGUCGGAGGCCUUCUCAGGGUUUGUUCACGCUGCCCCUAGAAAUGGUGUUGCAAUAUGUGCUACCCCCAGUCCUCAGGGAUUCGAUCAGUGCAAUGUUGAUGAUAUUAGGAUAUUUACAACUCCACGGAAACUCAUUCGAUCACUUCAGGAUCCGAUUGAUUCUAACUCUGACUACUCUUCCGCUAAACCAGUCAGGAGGAUUAGGACUCCAGCAUCAAGCAAUUCGGAAAGGAGUCCAGCAAGGAUGAUCGCAAUUCCUAUGAAUGAUGAGCCAAAUGAUAAUGAAAAUGUGAAGACAUGCAAGCAGUCAUCAGAUGGGUCUGAAUCUGUUUCAUCAACAUGUGAAGUAGUUGCGGAGGAUAAUAAUGAAGUUUCCAGUGGCGUAACUCCUGAAUGCAAAACUAUAGCUCAGAGUAUAACUCCAAAAAGGCGGAGUUUCACAAAGGUUAUUAUGAAAUUCCUUUUUGUGGUCUUAUUUUUUCUCAUUGCAAUCAUGGUAUCAACCAUGUUGAGCGACAAUCAGGAAGGAUCACUUGUUCCUACCUAGUUUAGGCUACUGAGUUUAGGAAGCUCAAUUAUCAGCUUCCACAAUUGUAAGAGGCAAGAAUGAUCCCGAUCUCAUAAACUUGUACUGACUUCUCUUGGAGUAGAGCUUAUCCAGUUGCCACUGCCAUAACUAGUUAGUAGCUGGUAUUUAGUUGUAAGAUGUAACACCUUAAAUGUAGGAUAUUAUUUGCUCAAUGAGUAAAGUAUUUUGUUGUUAAAA